AUGGAGAAAUCAGACACGACGCACUGGCUAGCUAAAUACGCUUGCAAUUAUCAUGCAUGGGAAACAUCUGCCGUGGAUGGUCAGCCUACUUUCAAGCGGCGCAUUGGGCUCGUUGAAUCAGCAUUCGACACUGAUGGGUCUGACUUUGAAGGAAGAGCUGACGUCAACGCGUUUUUAACGCUUGAAGUUUGGAAUCACUUGAAUGUCGACGAGUUCCGGAAACGGCUUCUAUAUGCGUACGCUUCGUUGCGCCUGCAGCAUGUGCUGCUCAUGGCGCGGGUGCUUAGAACCGGAGGGACCGAACAAAGGCACUUCACAGUAAACAUUCCGCAAAAGACUCAAGGUCUACUCGACGAAACAUCCAAAGCACUAGUGUUUGUCGAUGAUGCUUAUCAGAAAGUUGAAGAUGAUGAGUUCGUUCGUCACAGCUUGAACACGGGACGACUGAUUGAUCCGGAUGUCUCGCUAUCGAAGCUCUACAGUCUUCCGCUAGAGCCUCUAUCGAACGGCAAUUUCAGUCUCCGCUUGAUGUUCAUAGCUGCCCAUGAAAUCACAGAUGGCGUCUCUAUGUACCAUUGGAUGUCCCACUUGAUCCGAAUCCUUAACGCACCCAUGGCUGAUCUAGAGAAGGAUCUCGUUUUCUUCCAAUCGGCCGAAAAUAUCUCUUCGCGUCUACCUCCAUCUCAAGAAGAUCUGUACCCUCCUGUUGCUGGCAGCUUGGCUAGGCAGCGAUGGUUUUGGGCUAUCAUGAGAAUACUACGACACGUCAAGCGCACCUUGCCUCAAACAUUUGUCAACCCAUUGCGCCGCUCUGAAGCGCGUACGGCGGCAGUAGCAUUACCCCACGGGUUCGAUAAGGUCUUCGACUAUUCGCCAGAGCCAUCGAAGCGUAUAGGAGCUGGGUGCCUUGCCCUGUCGCGCCAUCCUGACAUUCCCCUGGCGGAGCGGCGUCCUUUCAUAGCGUCCUUUCCUCUCAGUCCAAGGGCCUUCUUCAACUACACAGUGCCCCCAGACUCUUGCAUGCUUGCAUUUAGCGGUGGAAUUGUGCUCCCGUUCUUAUCCUCAGAUCUAGAUGUAGAAGGACGGUUCAGACUUGCGGUACGCCAGGCUCACCGGCAACUGAGUAUCUACCAAAAACGUCUUCGCAAAUUAGAAGUAGUUUCCCCUUACAGCCCGGCACGGCUGAUUGCAGACAACUACUUGUUGACAGUUCAACGUCAAGAAGAGAAGCUCCCUCCACACCGUAAAACCGACAUGGCAGACCCACAGGGUGGGUAUCCCGCCAACAUCAAGCUGUUCGGAGCUACCUGUGGCGUCAGCUCAGUUGGUCCUAUCGGGCAUUUGCUCAAGCCCGGGGUCCACAGCGUUGGAGGAUCUGGGAGCGGCAAAGACUUUGCAGCAGACUUUAGAGAUGUGAGAGUGGGUGUGAGAGCAAGGGACAACGAAUUUCUCAUUGGGAGUUUGACUAAUUCCAAGGGAGUGUGCUUUGCCGUUUCUUAUGAUGGAAAUGCCAUCGACGAAAACGCAGCAAAAAUUUGGAAGACAAAGAUGGAGUCUUUAUUGGAACCAGAGACGAAAUCGAGAUUGUAAGGGCGAGAGCGCCUCCGUGUUACUAUAGUGCCUUGCCAUAGAUAUCU